AUGGGUCCGGAAAUGGCGUCCGAGAAUUUUGGCACUGGCUACAACGAGGCGAGACGCACAAGUGGAAUUCAUUUUGGAGAUUUGCCGAAGAAUCGCGUUUUCUUCGAUCGGCAUUUUAUGCGCACGACGAAGAAUCUCUUUGACGUUUUUGUUAGCCAAUCAACAAGCGGCGACACAGCAUGUCUUGAUCAAGCAGCCGUUUGGUGUCUUGCUACGAGAAGUCCCUAUUUUCGCAUCAAUCCGCCAAAUAUUAAUCGUCUUUCAUUGACAUGUACUGAUGCAGAGAAAGUCGCCGAUUUUCUGUGGGGAGUCAUGGUUUAUCUCCGCACGACGGCUCGCCAUGAUCUCGAUCAACUCGCCAGUUUCAUCAAAAGGUUGAAAUCU